GCGGUUCAGCUAAUCGUUUCAAAAGGUAAACAAAUCCAGUUUUUGACAUUUUUAGAUGAAUAAUUUAAAUAUUAUGCUUUAUAAUUUCAACACAGUGUAAUAAUCACCGCAUCUGAUACUUGAACCAAUGAGGUGGGAGGGUGAGACGCUAAUUCAUCGAACCAGGGAUGGGAUGUACAUGCCGGGACAUGUUCAUGGUCACUGGGUUCAGUAAUGUGAGUAGAGCUGGUGCAUCAUGAACGACUCGGACCUGGACUUUGUAGAUCUUUGCUCCAAGCUGCUGAAACGAGUCCGGAAGAAACCAGAUGACCCCCGACAGCCGAAAAAAGAUGAGAAUCAUAGCUCCAGUCAGGCCAGCGAAGGAGACAAGAGCAGGAGGAAACACAGAAAAGAGGAAAGAGAGAAGUUAUCUGCUACUCAGCCUGCUGGGAACAGAGGGGAGCAGCCGAAGCUCUCUGGACCUGAAUCUGGAGAUGCUGGUUCGUCGUCGGCUGUUUCUGGAGGUCAAAGGGCGAAAGAAAUAGUCCUUGAAAGGAUGCAACAGUUCAAGAGAAGCAGCCCACAAAAGAUGCACAAAGACCCAAUCCAGGCUCCAGGAAACGAUGAAGACAGCUCUUCAGUCACUCAGCAUCAAAGAGGAGAUUUUCAGACCUUCAGCUCCGAUCGCCAGAAAGCUCCCCCAGAGGACAGUGACGAGGUUUUGGCGCUGCGGUUGCAGCAGGAACUGGAUAAAGAGUCAGCUCAGGCUCAGAUAGUGGACCUGGAGGAUGGCGGCCUGUUCUUCUGUCAGAUCUGCCACAAAGACUUAUCGCACAUGACCCCCGAGGGACGCACGCAACAUAUCAACAGGUGUUUAGAUGAAAGUGAAGACAGCGCUCCUGCUCCUGCUGCUGCUGCUGCUCCGUCCUCUGGCAUCCCCGACUGUCCCAUCUGUGGAAAGAAGUUCAAGUCCCAGAAGAGCCGCUGUGCUCACCUGAAGCGCUGCUCCUCAGACAUGGGCGUCUCUCCGGCCGUCCUGCUCCAGGCUCUGCAGCGGCAGGCCGAGGAGCGCCAGAGCGUCGCCUCUACAAGCACAGACACACAGACUUCAGGCACUAAAAGAAAAGGCCCACCCAAGUCGGGUCUCCCAGCGAGGAAGAGGCCCAGGACAAAGCAGGAGCCCCUGGAUGAGGAGACCAUGGUGGCUCUGGCUCUGUCCUCCUCGCUGCAGGAGCAGGAGCGGCAGGGAGCGGCGGCGGCAGAGAGACUCCUGCAGACCGAGUCUGGAGCUUCUCACAGCUGCAGGACUGCAGCGCUAACAGCAGGUAGGGGGCGUGGAAAGAGGAGAAAAGGCGGCGUCCCUCGUCCCCCUCCGCUGCUCCUCGUCCAGAACGCCGAGGCCGCCUUGACGAGGCUGCAGGAGCGCGUCUCCGCGCUGCUGCUCCGCGGCCGGGCCCCUUCUCCCCCCACCCCCACCCGCUGCCCCAGCACUGUGCCUGGAUGGGAAGGUGCUGCCCCCCUCUGGCAGAGAAGCUCUCUGCUGGACGCAGCCUCCACCGGCCCGGCGGAGUUCUACUCACCGGAGCUCAGGGAGUUCUUCACAAUUUCUGGAUCAGUGACGAUCAAUGCGAUACUCAACAACAAGCCCGAGUCCUCCGUCCACCGUGUCGGGGGGGAAACUCCUUCCUGUGGGGCUGAGGCCUCCAUGCGGCCAUCCCCCUCAACCCCCGGGACGGGGCAGCUCCUGGUGGGCAGCCAGGCUCUGCAGGACCUGAUGGAGCUGGCUGAAGACGGCAUGACGCUCACUCAGUGUGGAUAUGACGGAAAAGGUCAGCCUGUCGGCGCGGGACAGACCACAAACCUUCGUCUGAGUGGGUUUGUCCAGGAGGAGGAGGAGGAGGAGGAGGAGCUCUGUGCCAGCGGCUUCCUGCCAGAAACCGUCAGGCAGUCGGCUGCUCACCGCCGAGCAUCCGGGACGACCGAUCGACGGAGAGCGAGCAGAGGGAGAAGCAGAUCAGAGCCGCUGUCCAGGCUGGAGUCAGACCUGAGCAGCAUGGUGAACAACCCUCAGCUCAGUGAUGUGCAGCUGCAGGUGGACAGUGGAGAAGUCUUCUUCGCUCAUUCCUUCAUGGUGUACGCUCGCUGCCCCCUGCUGGCCGAAAUGGUUCAUGAGAGCGGCUUCGGGGUGCAGGAGGAAGGCCUGCCGGCGGCUCAGAGGGUGCUGCUGAGUGACGUCCCGGAUGAGGCGGUGCUCGUCCUGCUGCAGUACCUCUACACAGGCCGCGGCGCCGUCCCAGCGCCACUGCAGCCUCACGUCCUGGAGCUGGCGGCCAGGUUUGAUUUGCAGGAGCUGCUGCAGCUUUGCCAGGAGGCCGGCCCUCUUCCAGAUGAGGCGACUCGCACGGAUCAGGAGGAGAACGUCAACAACCAAACAGACCAGGCCUUCAUGGAGCUGCUCCGCUCCAUGUGGGUGGAAGGGGAGGAGGAGGAGGACGGAUCAGACUCAGACGGUGGGAGACGCGAAGGGAGGCAGGUGGAGGAGGAUGGUGAAGCUGCCGGGGAGGCAGCAGACAGAGAGAUGGAGGAGCAGGUGAACGAGAAGGAGCUGGAGGAGAUCUACGAGUUUGCCGCCACUCAGAGGAAAAAGGAGGUGGAGGACAGCGAGGAGGAGGAGGAAGUGGAGGAGCGGCUCCACGACGAGGAAGAUGACGGAGCGUCGGCGUUCACAAAACUGCAGCCCGACUCUCAGCUCCACCCGAGCCUGGAUCGCAGCUUCGACCGUCUUUUCUCAGAGUCGUGGGGCGUCUACGAGGAGGGCGACUCCGGGACGCCCAAGACCCGACCGUCUGAACCCGAACAGCAGCAGCAGCCUCCCAGCAAACCGCCAGCAGAACUCUCCUGCGGGGCUUUACUCCAGUCCUCAGCGGACAACCUGUCCCUCAGCCCUUCGCCCAGGUCCUCCAGCCUGCCGGUCCCGGGUCCGUCCCCCCUCCAGCUGACUGCCGGACAGAGAGACGACGCUGCAGAGCGAGACAGUCGAGGCCCAGGCAGCGUCUGCGCUCCUCCGUCUCCUGCUCCUGAACCCGAGCUCAUAGUUUUAUCCGACUCCAGCGAGGACAUGGAGGUGGACGCUCCGGGUCCGUCCCCGCCCUCCCCCCGCGUCCCCCACACCCCGCAGAGCUACACGGAGAUCAGACCCAUCCAGACCCCGCCUCCUCCCGAGCCUGCUGUGAAGAACAAAGAGUCCAGCGGAGAGAAGUGGAGUCCCGGCGCCCCUCUGGACUGCUCCCCCGAGGUGUCCUGGCUCAUCCCCUCCACGCCGCCGCGGCCCGGCAGGAGCCCCCCCACCCCCACCACCACCAGCAGCUCCACCCAGACCAGGAGCAGCAUGAGCCGGACGCAGCUGUUCCCCAAAGUGGAAGCCUCCCCUCCUCCGUCCUGCCGCUUCUCUUCUCUGCUUCGUCUCUCCUGCAGUCCUGGAGUUUCCGAAGAUGCCGACACGGCGGCUCCAUCCCAGACGAAGCCUUCGCACCCGUCUCCAUCCCUCUCCAUCCCGGCCCCCCCUCACAGCAGCACCCCCCUGCACACAGAGCACCUCCUUCCUGCCCCGCCUCGUCACAUCCACCCCAGUCAGUGCGAAUCAAGAGGGGGAAGAAGUGAGAGUCUGGGGAGCUUCCAGCUGACUCAAAACAGACGCAGCAAAUCAAGCCAGCAGCGAGCGGCGGAGUCCAGACGUGGUGACGAGAGCGCAGCGGUUAUGGACACAGAAAGAGCGACCGCCUGGGCUGAUGAAGACGCAGGUGAUGCAGAAGGUGAGACGAGAGAAGCUGAAGAGGCAGAAUCCAGUUUCCGGCCCAGCUUCGGGGCCAUGGACGACCCCCCCAUAGCGUUCGAUGACUCCUGGGGCCUGGACGCCUGUGCGGACGCCGGGCCGGGCCGCUUCAGCCUGAGACUGGAGGACAGCGGGCCGUCCAGCCACCAAACACCCGAGAGGUCGUCGUCCUCCGCCUCCCAUCCUGCUCCAUCCAGCCCCGCGGUCCAGGACAGCCUGACUGAGCCUCCUGCACCUCGAGAGCCCAGAUCACAGUCAUCCAGCAGCGCAGAACCCAAACCAGGACCCUCAGUCACUUCACCACCUGACCCCAACGCACGGACCACGGCUGAGCUGGACGAAGACCUGCUGGACUCCAGGAUGUGGGACAGCUGGGGGGAGGAGGUGGAGGAGGAGGAGGAGGUGGUUCCUCUGUCUCAGAGGCUGAACCCCCCUGCCCAGCUGAAAACACCAAAUUUGUCUCACAGUAAAAGACGCCACCCGAUGGUCCCCAUCACCCCCAUGCCUCACUACUCGGACAUGGACACUCCAGAGCUCAAGAACAAGCUCAACAGGUUCGGCGUGCGGCCGCUGCCCAAGCGCCAGAUGAUCCUCAAGCUGAAGGAGAUCCACCAGUACACACACCAGCUGCUCAGCUCCGACUCCGAGGACGAGGCUCGGGGGAAGCCCCCUCCCGGCAGGCCCGCGGAGUUCAGAGAGCCUCCGGCCCCACCCCCUGCGACACAGAGGGGGCAAGACGGAGAGGAGGAGGAGGAGGAUGGAGAGGAAGAGCCGCUGUCUGCCUCUCAGGGCUCCAACACCUCUUCCACCGCAGAAUCUGAGAGGUCCAACCCCGAGUUGUGCGUUUCCUCCUCCGGCGACUCGGACGGCGACGUCUCGUCCUCCCAGGCGGCGUCCCGCCUCCAGGACCGCCUGCUGGCGGUGCGCGCCCUCAUCCUGUCGGACGCGGAGCUGUACAGCCGCAUCCUGCACUACGAGCCGCUGGUGCUGUCCCAGCUGCAGCGGCAGCUCAAGGCCGCCGGCAUCCGGCUGGGCGCCACCAAGCUGGUCGACUACCUGGACUCCCAGUGCAUCACCUUCACCACGGCCAAGCCGGGGCACAGGCGGGGCCACGGGGGGGGCCGGGGGGCGAGAGGGGGUGCGAGGAGGAAGAGGGGCGCGUCAACCAUGCUUUAA